AUGCGUCUCGCGGACGAGCGUCGCUGGGUAAAGAUGGCGGCGGGCUCCGAUUUGUUGGAGGAUGUUUACCUCGACACAGAUGUGGACCAAAAAGUAGUUAGUGAGGUGGUCGGGUCUCUGGAGUCGGAGCUUAAAGGAGCGGGACACGGUAACGCAACAACCGAGCCGCAGUCCGCGGCGAAUCACGUCGGCAACUCGGAUUUAGGGAGCAGUUUCAAUGUUCAGGGCAGCAAAGUGAGAGUUUCACAACAAGCAGGGACAGGGGGGCUCGGUAACAUUUCGGGGUCCCACGGUUCAAGCAUGGAUGGGGCAGAUGGGGUCACGUCGGCGGCGGAACCGAGUGUAACCAAGCCGGGGACAGCGAGUGGAGUUGUUACUGAAACACCCCUUGCCGGGAAACCUCCAGUUGCUGGAAUUCAAACUUUGAAUGGGAGCACCGUGGUUAUGAAGUGUCACAUCCCCGGAGGCGGACCCGCUGACAGCGGAGGCUCCCAGCCCGCCGUCACGCUCGUUAACAACGGACCCGGUCCUGCGAGCAGAGGCAGCGGGGCAGCUGUGUCUGCAGCUCCCAGCAGUAUUAUCCGGACUACUCCGAGUGCUCAAACCUCUUCGACAUCCACUGUAAAAAGUGUCCCAACGGUCACGCUUGUGAGGCCACCUAUGCAAAAUAGCACUUCUCCGAGCGCUGGGACUCCCGCCACUGUCAGCACGGCGGGCAACAAGUUGGACUCUGCCAAACACAUAACACAGGCUGGAGCACAUGUGGUGGCUUCGACUGUCACGACUGGGACAUCAGUGAGGAGUCCCACAGUUGUGCAGACUAUAAGGACUUCAGUACCUUCAACAACUGCUGUCACUCCUCCAGGGGGAAUAAGACCUGCUGCUGCACAGGUUUUGGCUCCCAGAGUAGCCCAACCUCAGCAAAACGCACGGAAUAUACAGAACAUCCAGCUGCCUCCAGGCAUGGUCCUGGUCCGCAGUGAGAGCGGACAGCUGCUGAUGAUUCACCAGCAGACUCUGGCUCAGAUGCAAGCUCAGUCUCAAUCACAAAGCGCCAUGACUCCGCGACCCGCCGCCCCCGCCAGCACCCCACCUGUCCAGAUCACUUCUCUGCAGGCCCCAGGAGCGUCGCUGCUGGCUCGUCCAGCGACCCCCACCACCAUCAUCAAACAAGCUUCUCCGGUCCAGACCACUGUGACGGCCACCACCACCCUCCAGAGGCCUCCUGUUCUGCAGAACACCAUCGUGUUGGGAGGAACUGCCUCGACCGCGGGCCGGCCUGUAGGAACUCCCGCCACAGUCCACCCUGGAGCCGCCGCCACAGCAGUGAUGCAGAGGGCGGGGACCCCCGGCGCCCCUGGCGCUCCCACACCCAUUUCAGCUGAAACGCUGGAGAAUGUGAAAAAGUGCAGAAAUUUUCUUUCCACCCUGAUCAAGCUGGCAUCGAGUGGAAAACAGUCCUCUGAGACCAAGGCUAAUGUCAAGGAGCUGGUCAAGAGCCUCCUGGAGGCAAAGAUUGAGCCAGAGGAGUUCACCAGCAGGUUAUACCAGGAGCUCAAGUCUUCACCACAGCCAUAUCUCGUACCUUUUCUAAAGAGAAGUCUCCCAGCCCUGCGCCAGAUGACCCCGGACUCCGAGGCCUUCAUCCAGGACAGCCUGCAGCCUCAGUCGAGCACCCUGUCUGCCGCGGCCUCCACGGCCCUGACCGCCGUUGUUCUGCGACCUCCCCUCUCCACCACCGUCUCCGCCGCCACCAGCACCGCCACAACCAAAGCCACGGUCAUCAGCCUCACACAGACGCCCCACAGCAAACCCAGCCUGAUCGUGUCCCAGCAACAGAGCGGCCUUGUGAGGCCACAGGGGACGCUGGCUCAGUCCCCCGUGGUAACAAUAAGGGGGCCGACGCACAGCCGAAUCGUGGUGGGCCAGUCGCCGGUGGUCAAACAGCUGCAGACAGUUCCAGUGGUGAAGCAGAUGUUGGCUCCAGGGGUCAAAGGAGUACAAAUGAUCAACCAAGCUUCUCUCGCUGCAUCUCAGAAGCACAAACUGAAUGAAGCUGGAGGAGGAUCGUUCAGAGACGACGACGACAUCAACGACGUGGCCUCCAUGGCCGGAGUCAACCUGUCGGAGGAGAGCGCCCGUAUCUUAGCAACCGGCUCCGAGCUUGUUGGCAUGGUGACCCGAUCGUGUAAAGACGAGACCUUCCUGUCGGCCCCGUCACUCACGCGGAUCGCUCUGGAGAUCGGUAAGAAGUUUGGCGUCAGCGAGUUGGGCGCAGACGUCGUCAACUACAUCUCCCACGCCACGCAGCAGCGGCUGCAGAACCUGCUGGGAAAGGUGUCACUGGUGGCUCAGCAGAAGAACGUCACUUUCAAGGAGGACGGGCGGUACGAGCAGGUCAGCGACGUGCGCGCCCAGCUCAAGUUCUUCGAGCAGCUGGAUCAAGUGGAAAAGCAGAGGAAGGAAGGAGAGGAGAGGGAGAUCCUCUUGAAGGCUGCGAAGUCUCGGUCGCGGCAGGAAGACCCCGAACAGCUCCGACUGAAGCAAAAGGCCAAAGAGAUGCAGCAGCAGGAGCUGGCUCAGCUCAGGCAGAGGGAAGCCAACCUGACCGCCCUGGCAGCCAUCGGCCCCAGAAAGAAGAGGAAAAUGGACUCUCCUGUCCAGGGUGCGAGUGCAGAGGGCUCCGGGUCGGGUCCCUCUCAGCCUGGAGUCUCCGGCGGAGCCGGAUCCAGACAGUUUAUGCGGCAACGAAUCACCCGAGUCAACCUCAGGGACCUGCUCUUCUGUCUGGAGAACGAGCGAGGGACCAGUCACUCACACCUGCUUUAUAAAGGCUUCCUCAAAUAGCGCCUGCAUUGAAAUGACUAGUCUCACUUAGUGGCAUUAAGCCGGCGGAGCUGACCCUCAGCUCCGACCCUUCCUGGCGGCGCUCCCUUUGAUCGCCCGCCGCUGAAUUACGAGACCUCCGCACGUGGGAAGAAAACGCGUCGCGGCUCCGGAGAGACGUCGGCCUUUAAAAGCCUCUUCAGGCGAAAAGCCUUUUGAGUUUCCAGCGCAGCUACGCAGCAAAACAUUGGAACUCGGCCCUGAUAUCGGCGCGCCUCUCAGCUCGGCUCGCUCUCCGGAGACCAGCCGCACCAAACCACGCUUCACCGGCGCGCCGCCUCACGCCGCACACAGGAGAAUGUCCUCAACCGAGCGCUGCGCUUCACAUCUGGGGAGCAGAGAAAAAUAAGAACCAUCAAGUGUCAUUGCAGUGACAUCUGUGUUGUAGCAGAAAAUAUCCCCGAAGUGUUUGGAAACACUUGUUUAUUUAAGCAAUUAAGAGAGAAUUUAAUUUAUCUUAUGUUUAUACACCUGUGGAUUAUUUUCCAGACUGAUCUCGACGAGACGUCAUCUGCUGCGUUGCCUUCUUAACAGAUUAAGCCAUAUCGAUUAGAAUGUGUUGAUUAAAAGAAUCCUUUCUUCAGCGGUCUCAUCAGGUUUGAAGGAUGAGUGUAUUUUUGUUUACGCUUUAUAUAUUUCUUUUCUGUUUUGAUGCUGAUGAAGGAGAAGCAGUUAUUUAUUUGCCACUUCUUGGGUAUGUUAUACGUACAUGUGCUAUUUAAGUUUGAUUACACGAAUCCCUGAAAGAGGAAGAAAAUGUUUUUUUUUUAUUUCAGGUUAUGUUAAAAUUGCUUCAGAAUCGUAUAUUAUGUUCUGAACUUCAGGUGAAUCAAUCAACAGUGAUUUGUUUUUGUUUUUUUCCAAAAUGUGAUGUUUAUAAGCUUUUGAGGCCAAAUUUAUCACAAAAAUUGAAAAUGCAUGUCCACAACUACACCAGCGUGUAGUGAAGCAUAAAGGGCAUUUAGACGACUUAAAAAAAAAAGUCUGGUUUUGAUAAUAAUUGGUGUGUAAUGCCACAUGACUUUUUACUGUGACGGUUUGAGUUUUAGUCGUGAGAAGUUCAAUCAGACUCGACUAAAGUUUGGGAAUGAAGCCGCCGUGAGCUUUGUGAGCCGUUCCCACCUUGACAGUAAUUUUCUACAUUCUCAAUUCUGAACACAGUCUGGAGGAUUUGACCCUGAGUAAUGUUAAUGAUUGCAGCCAUUUCAGCGAACGGCGUUUUCUCCUCUGUCCGGCCAUUUUCCAUUCCUGCAGAACGGAGGGACGGCGGCCGCACUUUGACAGAUGGCUUUUCUAAAACCACUCAAUCAAGCGGAACAUGCCUACUUUGUAACCUUUUGUAUUUCAGUGCAAAAUGCUAAUUUGGCCUCUAUUUUUGUCAUUGAAAGAAAAAAAAAAGUUUAUCAGUGAGAUUUAUUAUUACUGUACAUAAGUUUGCAUUCUAUAGAUUUAUCGUUGGUCUUAUUCUUCACAUGUGUGUAGCUGUGUGACAAAUGAGACAACAGUAUGGUGCUUUUUUUUGUGCCAAUAUCUUGUAUAUUUUGCACAGUCUCUUGUUUAUAUGUGAAUAUCUGAAUUUAAGAAAAGUUUUGAAAUGCUAUUUUAUAAAGGACUGGGAGAGAACAGUCUAUUAAAACCAGGAUUGA